AUGCGUACCUCAUUUGUCCUCGCUGGCCUCCUGGCUGCAGCUACUCAAGUUACAGCACAAUACACAAAUCAAUCCGCCCCAUUUUACCUCGCACUUGUAUCCUCAGACGAUAGCCUGAAUGGCGCCACUCUUUCGCCUUGUCAUGAGGGUGCAGCUAUCGAAGGACUUUGCCUUGGUCCUUCAAUCUCUAGCCCAAACGCUACCUUUUCCACCUUCAAUUUCAACACUUCCUCCUUCGACAGCAGUUUCAACGCGACCAUCGGCGAAACUGGUGUUCUGACGUGGCUGCUUCAAGGUGCAAAUUUCAAUCUUUCUUCGCCUUUCGGACUUUCAUAUAGCGCCACUAGCAACGUUGCGGUACCAUUGUUCACUCCUAGCACGACUUCCACAACGAAUGUAGCGUUUGACGAGGACAAUUUGUUGAAUAUCCAGGGUUAUCAAGAUGAUACAGUAUCACCAAUUAGCUUUGGUACUGAAGCUUAUUACAGGUGGUACAUCUGUGAGACGUACUGGGGUUACCACUACACCACUUUGGCCUGGGUAGUGGGCGAGGCUGAUCCACAAAACCCAACCUGCGUGAAAGUUGAUGUUCAAAGAGUUUUCACCGAGGCCAAGAGUUAUGAAUAG